AAGAUGCUGAUGAGGCCAUGAGUAAAUACCUAUCAGAAAAACUAACGAUGAAAGACACAUGGCUCGGUGUCUGGAAAACGAAUCCCGAACUAUUCUUUGUGAAAUACGAAGAAGCUGCCAUCCCGUUUGUUGGUAUCCUCGUUGAGGUGACUUGUAAACCACGCCAAAGCUCCUCCUCUUGUUUCAAAGUUACAGUUUCUGUUGCUGAGCCUUUUUCUUCCAAUAUUGCCAAUAUUCCAAGGGACUUGGUGGGUGAGAUUCUGGAAGAGCUGGAGCACAGUGUACCGCUCUUGGAAGUGUAUCCGGUUGAAGGACAAGAUCCCAAUAUCCACGAUAUUGCUCUAGCCUUGGAAGUUGUAAGUUUGCUUUAUUGUAGGUUUUUUUAUGACUUUCUUUGGAGAGACUGGGAUGAUGAAGAGAGUUGUGAGAAUUAUACUGCUCUGAUCGAAGAAAGAAUUAAUUUGUGGUGUGAUAUACAGGAUGGAACAAUACCUGGUCCAAUUGCACAGCGGUUUAAAAAAACCUUGGAGAAAUACAAAAACAAGCGGGUUGAGCUCAUUGAGUAUCAGAGCAAUAUAAAAGAGGAUCCUUCUGCUGCAGAAGCUGUUGAAUGUUGGAAGAAAUACUAUGAGAUAGUCAUGCUAUGCGGAUUAUUGAAGAUGUGGGAAGAUUUACGUCUCCGAGUUCAUGGACCUUUCUUUCCAAGAAUUCUGAGACGUAGGAAAGGAAAAAGAGACUUUGGGAAGACCAUAACACACAUUGUAGCAAAAGUGAUGACUACUGAAAUGGUAAAGGACCUGUCUUCAGACACACUUCUCCAGCAGCAUGAUGAUUUGGACUUGGCUUUGGAUAGCUGCUACAGUGGAGAUACAGUAGUUAUUUUCCCCGGAGAAUAUCAAGCUGCAAAUCUUGCUUUGUUGACUGAUGACAUCAUUAUAAAGGGAGUUGGAAAGAGAGAGGAAAUUAUGAUCACUUCUGAACCUUCUCAUGACAGUUUUGUGGUAUCCAAAGCUGACAAUGUGAAACUGAUGCAUCUAUCUUUGAUACAACAAGGGACCGUGGAUGGCAUUGUGGUGGUAGAGUCUGGCCACAUGACUCUAGAAAACUGCAUAUUAAAAUGUGAAGGAACUGGAGUAUGUGUCCUUACAGGGGCCGCUUUGACAAUUACAGACAGCGAAAUUACUGGUGCCCAGGGUGCGGGUGUGGAGCUCUACCCUGGGAGCAUGGCCAUUCUGGAAAGGAAUGAAAUCCAUCACUGUAAUAACCUCCGGACCAGUGACUGCUCGCAAAGCACCUUAGGCGGAGUUAAUAUGAAGGUUCUCCCAGCACCCAAGCUGAAGAUGACUAACAAUCACAUCUAUAACAACAAUGGCUAUGGCGUCAGCAUUCUCCAGCCGACGGAACAGUUUUUCAUUGUAGCAGAAGAUGCAACCAACAAAGGGGCUGCCUCCGGAGACAAAAAAGAUGAAACUAUGCUCUCCAAAGUGAUGCAAAACCUGAAUCUGGAAAUGAAUAAUAAUAAGAUAGAAGCCAAUGUAAAGGGGGAUAUCAGAAUAGUCACAAGUUAAAACGCGCUGUUGUCUAUUUCAGAUAGUUGUUUACGAAGUAAUUUUCAAAUCCCACAGAAAUGGUGGUUUUCAUGAAAUUCAAAGCUUAUUUUAGAAAUAAAUAUAGAAAAUUUUCAUUGUA